AUGGGCAGGGACCUUCAGAAAAAGAAGAACCGCUCGGGGAAGCAGGGCAUCAAGAUAAAGCCCAGGAAGAAGAGAAUCCUCAACCCCCUCGGAAACAGCAUCAUCGCUAAGAACUGCCCCCACCGGCGGUUCCGAGAUCUCCCUCGCGCAGGCUACCCUCCUCCGCGAAGCCGCCCUCGCCACCACCUCGAGCCUCGAAGCGCCCCGCGCCACCGCCGCCGCCAUUCGCAAGGCCAGAGCCCCGAACCCCUCGCCAUCUCGACGAUCGAGGGCGCCGUCAUCAGCGAGACGAGGGUGGAGCGCGAUGCCACGGGCAGGAUUAUCCGCGUCAUCGGGUCCACGACGAAGCCGAAUCCGCUUAGGGACCAGCUGAACCAGUUCGACGAAGACGAGGAGGAGGAAGAGGAUGAGGAUGAGGAAGAGGACGAAGAGGACGAAGAGGAAUGGGGUGGAAUCGACGAGGGCGUUCCCGCGUCCACCGGCAUCGUGAGGCAGCUCGAGGAGCUCGCCGCGCAACCCGUCAUCAAAAGCCUAGAUACCAAAGUGAGAGGGAACGAGAGUGGAUCACGAGGCUAG